AUUAGGCGAAUCACGAAUCAGUCGCAGUCGGUGACUGUAUUUGGAAUUUAUUGUUGUUUGUGUGGUGUCGCGAGGAAAUAAAGAUGAGUCAAGUAGCGGUAUUUUUAAAUGAAUGUUAAUUUGAUAAUAUAAAAGGAAUAUAAGUAAUACAAUUUACAACAAUGGGACAACAUGUUUCUAGGACUGAUUUUGAAUGGGUAUAUACAGAAGAACCUCAUGCUAGUCGUAGAAAAAUAAUUUUAGAAAAAUAUCCACAAAUUAAGAAACUCUUUGGUUAUGAUCCGAAUUUCAAAUGGGUUGUAACCGGAAUGGUGUUUGCACAAUUCUUACUAAUGUUUUUACUCAAAGAUAGAUCUUGGCCGGUACUGAUUUUAACGGCAUAUUGUUUAGGAGGAGUUAUCAAUCAUUCUUUAAUGUUAGCCAUUCAUGAGAUUUCCCACAAUUUAGCAUUCGGACACGCCAGACCGAUGCACAAUAAAAUAUUCGGUUAUUUUGCUAACUUGCCAAUAGGAAUUCCGGUAUCUAUAAGUUUUAAGAAAUAUCACCUGGAACACCACAGAUACCAAGGUGACGAACUGAAAGACACAGAUAUUCCUACGUACAUAGAAGCCAAACUGUUUUGUACAACUUUUGGGAAAUUCGUAUGGAUACUACUGCAACCAUUUUUCUACGCUUUCCGUCCAUUGGUUGUCUAUCCGAAACCACCGACGUAUUUAGAAUUUGUCAAUCUUGUCAUUCAACUGAUUUUUGAUGCAAUUGUUGUUUACUUUUUUGGCGGCAGAAUUUUGGGCUACCUUCUUCUUGGUUCCUUUAUGGCCAUGGGUCUCCAUCCUGUGGCGGGUCACUUUAUCAGUGAGCACUACAUGUUUAAAAAAGGAUAUGAAACAUACAGUUAUUAUGGCCCAUUAAAUUGGAUCACCUUCAAUGUCGGAUAUCAUAAUGAACAUCAUGAUUUUCCUGCUGUACCAGGAUCGAAGUUACCAGAGGUAAAACGGAUAGCAUCUGAAUUUUAUGAUGACCUACCUCAACACCAUAGCUGGACUGCAGUUUUAUACGAUUUUGUAAUGGAUCCAGAUGUAGGACCUUAUGCGAGAAUCAGGAGAAAAGCCAAAGGUCUUUCUACGUAACUCUCAUUACAUUUAUAUUAUAUUAUUUUUCUCAUUGGUAACUGUGAAAUUUGAAAAUUAUUUCUAAUAAUUGUUGUUUCUGAUAAUGGUUUAUCAAAAGUAACAGGUGUCAAUUAAAAGGUCUUGCUUAGUCGACGGGUAAAUUAAAAAUAACUGGAUUAUCUGGUAGUAUUUUUGAUUCUCCAUUCAGUGCCUUCACUAUAGUUUACAUUCUAAAUUUUCAAACUUGGUUUAGCUAGAAAUUGGAAUAUUGAUCCAUUAGGCAAAAUGAAAAUUUUUUUUGGAAAGUUUUUUUAAAGCGCAUAAAAUAAUUUUUAAAAUGUGUCCACGAAAUAAUUUCUAUUAUGUUUCAAAAAUAACAAGAAAUGUUUCCGAUAUGGAAAAAAUAUUACAACUAAUGACAUCAACGUCCCGUUAACAGAUUUGUCAAAUGUAUGUAAUUUUGUUUUUUUAUUUAUUGUUAUUGAAAUAAUUAACUAAUGUAUAACUGUCGUCAGAAAGUAAGGCCUUUUCAUUGAUAUGUACGUAUAUACAUAGUUAUUCAUAAAUAUAUUAUUCAAUUAUAAAAUUUACAUUUUAGCAUGAUGAAAUUGAAUAAGAGUGCGUAAAAAAUCUGUAUAUUAUUAUUUAUUUUGAUUUUUUGUCGUAAAUUGUGUAUAUUUUAAAAAUUACUCAAUAAACCAUAUAUUUUGUUACUA